UCUCCAGCUGCCUAAUAAAGAUCACUAUUUUGAAAUCUCACUCAGUGCCGCUGUGACAGCGUUUGCUAUCGGCCUGUUACCUUACCUGAUCUCUGCUAACCACUUGAUUCGGGAACCAGUAGUGGUGUCAGUGCCAAAGUGCUAGUGUUAGUGCGCUGAUCCAUCUGUCUGUCGACUCUGAUGAUGGCAUUCGAGGACCGGUCCAGUCCCAGUGCGGCGAGUGCCGGUCAGCUGCAUCCCAAUUCGCCGGAAUCCUCCAGGACCUCUCCAUACACUUGCACCACCAUCGAAGAGUCCAGGACCUACCAAGAGGCUUACAGGAGGAUGGAACAACAAGAGCGAAGCUUCUUCAGAAUAACUUCUUUCGCCCUGCCUAGUCCAAAAACAGAAAGUGAACGUUCCUCCUCACCAACAGAGAGUGUUUCCUCAGUUGUCUCAUCAGUCCAAAAUGAACCUCCUGCAACAAUCCAGCCUCUGAAAUACUCGAUCACAAACAUCCUCAAACCCGACUUUGGCCGCUCAGCGGUCCAAAAGACGAAAACAACACCAAAGAUCUCCUUCCGACCCUAUGAAAACAAAGAUGUGGAGGUCAAGCCCUUCAGUAUAGCUCCCUUGGGCAGCUUGUGCCAGACUGUGUCACAGAUCGGGGCUACGACGUUGAAGAAGAGCCCUGAACCCAUACCAAGACCAAAGAGUCCAGCGAAAAAUGCACUGGUUGGUGCAGAAGAAACCAAAAAGGAGGGAGAGGGCAAUGUGCCUCAGUUGUGGCCUGCGUGGGUUUACUGCACGAGAUAUUCGGACCGACCAAGUUCAGGUCCUCGAUCUCGAAGGAUAAAGAAACAAAGCAAGAGCAGCCCAGAGGACAAAAGACCUCGCACAGCCUUUUCCAGCGCUCAGUUGCAACGACUCAAACACGAAUUCAACGAAAACCGGUACCUGACGGAGAAACGAAGGCAACAGCUCAGUGCUGAGCUCGGCCUCAACGAAGCCCAAAUCAAGAUCUGGUUCCAGAACAAGCGGGCUAAGAUCAAGAAGUCUAGUGGUCAGAAAAAUGCCUUGGCAUUGCAAUUGAUGGCUCAAGGGUUGUACAACCACAGUACGGUACCUUGUGAUGAGGAUGAUAUGCCAUUAACGACGUAGGUGGAGUUAAAUUAUUUGUAGGAAAUUGUGAUGCCAGUAUAUAAUAGAGCUAAUUUUUAAUAACAAUGAAGUUGUGAACAGCAAAACUGUUACGCUUUUGCGUCUAAUCAUUGACUAAGAUAUUCCAACCCAACUAGACGUGCCUACGUACGUUUAUAAAUAUACCUGGCGACCACCGUCUUUAGCCGUCAGCACUGCCAGCUCUGAAAUUGUUGCCGCAGACUAUCGGAUUUGCUUCUCUGUCGAUUAGAGAUUCUGAGCAUCAAUCUCUUAUGAGUGCACUAAAAAAAAAGCUUAAUUAAACUACUUAAAAUUUUAAUUAGAGCAAUUAAAAAAUUUAAAUUAACUAUAUGACAACUAAGACGCUUAAUUCGUCUAGUUGCACUCUGGUUUAUAAAACAGUUUACUUGAAUCUGUGAAACUAGCUUAUUUAAACCAAAAACGCAAUUGUUUAAUAAAAUCUAUUAAAUCGCUUACAUAGACUGAGUACACCAAAUAAAAUUAAUGACUAUUAAAAUGAGUUUUCUUUGCUAAAAAUAAAACAAUUUAUUACAUUCAUUAAAUUUGUUUAAUUAGUUUAGGUAAAAGUAUUUGCCGAGUUUUAAUGGAUUAUUUUAUUUAGACCUAAGAGGAUAUUUGGAUAUUAUUUGGAAUUUAAAAGAACACAUUGCAUUUUACUGAAUGGUGGGUAUUAGGACUGCUCUGACAAAUCUCAGAUAUAAAAAAAUUUGGUAAACUUAAUAUAUUUAUAGUUGAUGUUUUUGAAUCAAAAUAAAAACGUCCGAAUUUUGUAACCCUAACAGAAUUGUGAAUGUAUCCAGCAUUAACUAGAAGCAAUUCUUUAUUUUAAAUUCAUAUAGGGAUACCUGAAACUGAAUGAGGCCACUUGAUCAUGUGUAUAGAAAUUGCUAAUAAUAAAACAAUAUCGCACUCACCCGCAUUCAACGCAAAGAAAAGCACAUUAAGCCUCUGUUACGCACUUCAUUUUACCUAAACCGAAUAAUUUAGUUACUUAGAAUAAUUGAAACAUUUAUUACGGUUAACGAAAAUUUUCCAGAACAACUGUUGGAGUGACCACGUUUCCGCGGUGUGAUCUUUCAAAGGAAGGUUGCUAUAAUGUUUAAGAAUAAACAAUGUCCUUCAACGGGAAAAUGUAGUUGUCUGUUUUUAAUUCUUCUAAGAGCAUUUCUACGAUCUUUCUUGGCAAUAUGGGUGUGACGAUGGAAGCUGUAAGUGAACGUCAAAAUACAGUAUAUGGUUCCGAAUCUUGGUAAAUCCGUGAAUCAAUGGUUUAACUUAUAUAAAAGUUAUUCAGUGGAGAUUAUUGAUCUUGUUAAGUCUUCAUGGUUCCACCUACCAUUUUAAAGAUUUAGCGAUUUCUCAAAAUUUUGAUGUAUCUGAAGCUACAGAUACCGGUCAUAUAGAUAAGUAUUUGAAUGACGUGAGACUUUUUAAAACUUGAAAACAGUUUCAUAGCUAAAAUAUUUGUAACUGUAUUAUAAGCUAGUUCAUUGUCGUGUAUUAGUCAAGACCGGAUUAAAAAUAAAUUUCCAAUAAGAAAUGCACUGUCGACAAGUUUUAUUGAAUUGAAUUCAUUUAAGAAGGCUCUGUAAAUGAAUUUAUGAAUAAGUAGUCUUCAUCAACAAGAUUACACCUUGUUCAGAAAUAGAGUGAGCAUAACGAGUUUUUCUUCUUCUGAUUAAAUAUGUUCUAUAAUGUAUUAAUUAAAAACUGGGAUACAUGUUCUCUUCGUUUUUUUUUUCUUAAUUUGUUAGGUUUCUGAUGCAACUCGACUUAAUUAUCAUGUUGAUGAAAUCGCUUCAGAAAAAAUGUUAAUAAAGAAGAAAGAGGUGCUUCAGACUGACAUGAACAUAUGUUUAUAACAUAAAUCAAAAAGACCCAGCUUAAACCGCUGCAACUUGUAGUGUUCCUCUGAUAUAUUUGCCACAAAAUUAUUGAUUUCACUCAAGUUUAUCUAUUUUACACAUAUUUAAAAAUGUAACUUUUGUUAAUUUAAAGAAGGAAAGAAUGAUAUCCUAGAUUGUAUUUCUCAUUAUUAAGAAAGAGUUUAUUUAUUGUAAAUAUAUUAGUAAUUAUACGGCGUUAUGAAAGAUCUCAGUAUUUAUUUGUACAAAUUAUUUUUUAUUUUAUUUUCUUUUUCUGUAAAUAGUGUACAGUGUAAAAAAUCAUCUAUAUUGGCAUAUCACUAUAUACGUAUACAUGUUGUAUAAAUAUAACUAUUAAGCUAAUAUUGGCAAACAGUUACAUCAAACUUGUAUAUUUUUUACGGUAUUUUUCCAGAAUUUUGAACAGAAAAUUGGUGUCAACUGUGAUUCAAACGUUUUUAUUUCUUUUUCCAAAU